AUGGAUUGUCUGAAGAAGGCAAUGCCAUUCAUUUUAGUGGUAUUGUUGCAAGUAGGGUUAGCAGGAAUGGACAUUCUCACAAAAGCUGUCCUAAACGAAGGCAUGAGCAAUUACGUCCUUGUCGUCUACCGUCAUGGUGUUGCUGCCAUUGUUAUGGCCCCUUUCGCUUUCUAUUUCGACAAGAGGGUGAGACCGAAGAUGACUCCGACGAUAUUCUUCAAGAUAACACUCCUUGGUUUAUUUGAACCAGUGAUCGAUCAGAACUUAUUCUGUUUGGGAAUGAAAUACACGACGGCUACAUUUGCAACUGCCUUGUACAACACUCUACCUGCAGUCACUUUCAUCCUCGCCGUAAUAGUCAGGCUCGAAAAAGUGAAGCUUCGGAGUAUAAGGAGCGCGGCUAAGGUGGUUGGGACGUUGGCUUCAGUUGGAGGAACCUUGGUUAUGACACUUGUCAAAGGUCCAGCUCUCGACCUCUUCUGGACCAAAGGACCCUCUGCACAAAACACAACCGGGACCGAUAUUCACAGCUCCAUCAAAGGCGCAAUAUUUGUCACCAUUGGCUGUUUCAGCUAUGCAUGUUUCUUUAUUCUCUACGCGAUCACUUUGAAGACUUACCCGGCCGAGCUCACACUCACAGCAUGGAUAUGUCUAAUGGGGACAAUAGAGGGAGCAGCUGUGGCAUUAGUGAUGGAGAGAAGAAAUCUUGGCGCAUGGGCCAUUGGUUGGGACAACAAACUACUUACAGUUACAUACAGUGGGAUAGUGUGCUCGGCGCUUGGUUACUACAUUGGAGGACUUGUGAUGAAAACGAGAGGUCCUGUGUUUGUAACAGCUUUUAGUCCUCUAUGCAUGAUCAUAGUAGCGAUUAUGUCGACAGUAAUCUUUGCUGAGCAAAUGUACCUUGGAAGGGUUCUUGGUGCGGGGGUUAUAUGUGCAGGAUUAUACCUUGUGAUAUGGGGCAAAGGCAAAGAUUACGUAACACCGCUAAAAGAUGUUGGAUCAACAACACAACCAAAACUAGAUCUAAGUGGAAACGAGAAAAAUAGCGUUGAUCAUGAAAUUAUUACUAUCAGCAAGUAA